UGUAUUUACAUUGCUGUCAAUAUUGCCAGUUAUGUCCACAGCCAAAACUAUGUUUACUUAGGCACUUCUUCACAACAAGCUGGCAGAUUGUAUUAUUGGGGCAAAGAAUUGCUCUUAGUUUAAAUUUCUGAUCCUGUCAAUACCUGUGAUAAUUUUACAAAAGACAUUUUAUCCUUUAGCGUUGUUUUCCAUCCUUCAAAUAAAUGCCUGUUAUACAGGUAACAGCAUCUCCCUACAGGCUAGUGACUGUAGUACUGUUAAAACAGUCUUAUAAUCUCUACAAUUAUCUAAACUUUACCCUGCUAAGUUUCUAAAAUGGACUGGUCCAACAUUCAAUUUGGGCAGUUCCACUUGUCAUUCAAAGGGAUGUUCACUGAAAAUUCACUGACUGAUUAGCAAGCAGUGCAGACCAUGAUCAGCCUGCAUGGACGUUCAAGCUGAUCUUGGUCUGCACUGGUCUUAAAGGCAGAAUGGCUGCCAGCAGGCUAAAGGUUAAACUAGACCAUGUUUGUUUACUAGACUAACAUGAAAAGAUGCCCAGGCUCCAUGAUUUAUGUAGCAGACACACACAUGGACUUGAUCAAAUUUUAACAGAUUUUGUGGUAUUUCUUGUAUUUACAUACAUAGAUGGAAUGCAGAUCAGCUGAUAGGUGCUCCGAAAGUGUACCCAGCUUAUGGAGACAAGCAAGGAGCCUGGGCAAUGAAAAUAAAAGAUGCUAAUCAGUUUAUUGAGGUAGAGUUCAAGGAACCCGUGUAUGUUACAGGUAUAGAUAUAUAUGAGACAUACCAUGCUGGUGGGGUAAAAGCAAUUAAAGCCCUUGGUGAUGAUGGCAAAUGGCACACACUGUGGAAAAUUGACAGAGUUACUGUAAUCAAAUCGUCCAGAAUCUUCUCUCCACAACUUGCUGAGUUGAGUUGUAGGACAAAGAAUAUACGUGUUGAGGUAGACUGUACAGGAUGUGGGACAUGGGUAGAGAUAGAUGCUAUACAACUACAUGGACGUACAUUUUUAAUUGAGCCACCACCUCCUCUGGAAGACCUAGCCACUGACUUGGGACAAAUGGUGAAUGACAGUAAAUUCAGUGACUGUCAGUUCCUGUUAGAAGGCAAGCAUACAGUGUAUGCACACAAGGUGAUCAUCUGUGCCAGGUCAGAUUACUUCAGGGCAAUGUUCUCAGAAAAGACAAAAGAAUCACAGAGUGGGAAUGCAAUAGAGAUAAAGGAUGUGCCCUAUAAAAGUUUUUUGGCUGUGAUACAUUUCUUGUAUACCAACAAUUUGCCUUCAGACCUGAAAACAAAGCAGCAGUAUGACACGAUCACACUCACUGAUGUAUGGAGAAUUGCAGACAGAUUCAGUAUGGCAGGACUGAAAACAUUAGCAGCUUACAUGAUCAGUAUAAAAAUAGAUGAAACUAAUGUAGUAGACACGUACGUUGCUGCUGUUGAUACACUUCCAUUGAUAGGUAAAUAUACCGUUACAAUCAGCAGCUUACAUGAUCAGUAUAAAAAUAGAUGAAACUAAUGUAGUAGACACGUACGUUGCUGCUGUUGAUACACUUCAAUUGAUAGGUAAAUAUACCAGUACAAUUAGCAGCUUACAUGAUCAGUAUAAAAAUAGAUGAAACUAAUGUAGUAGACACGUACGUUGCUGCUGUUGAUACACUUCAACUGAUAGGUAAAUAUACCAGUACAAUUAGCAGCUUACAUGAUCAGUAUAAAAAUAGAUGAAACUAAUGUACAUAGUUGACACGUACUUUGCUGCUGUUGGUACACUUCAUUUGAUAGGUAAAUAUACCAUUACAAUUAGCAGCUUACAUGAUCAGUAUAAAAAUAGAUGUAACUAAUGUAGUAGACACGUACGUUGCUGCUGUUGAUACACUUCAACUGAUAGGUAAAUAUACCAGUACAAUUAGCAGCUUACAUGAUCAGUAUAAAAAUAGAUGAAACUUAUGUUGUAGUCACGUACGUUGCUGCUGUUGAUACACUUCCAUUGAUAGGUAAAUAUACCAGUACAAUUAGCAGCUUACAUGAUUGGUAUAAAAAUAGAUGAAACUAAUGUAGUAGACACGUAUGUUGCUGCUGUUGAUACACUCCCAUUGAUAGAGGAAGUAAAGGACAACUGUAUGCUGUAUAUGUCCACCCACCUGCAGUCGAUCGUGAACACGCCAAGCUUUACUGCCCUACCUCAGGAUGUUAUGCUGGAAAUAAUCCAGGGAACUACAGCAAAGUUGAAGUUAUAAGAAAUGUUUAUAUCUUACGUUUGUUAGACAAAAUGCUCAUGCUCAUUCUCCAGGUCACUUUACAUUCACUAAUAUAUUUUCAGGGAUUUACUGUUGUUGUAGUGAAAUCAAUAGAUAAACACAGAAUGCAAGUUUUGUAAGGAAUGCACGAAGUCAAAAUCAAAAUUAAGAAUGGAAAUUCUUUUCUAACAGAGGGCUGAAUGUCAAAUAAUUAUAUUUAGUGAAGGACAACCUUUAGCUAAUUAGCUUUCUGUCCAAUGCCUUUGUCACUGAUAGUGUAAAUGAUUCAUGAAAUGACUUAAAAAAUAUGUUCAAAUGAAAUAAUAAUUUGUGGUUGCAUUUAACUAAAUAGAUUGAACAGUCAGACUUGUUUUGUGUUAAGAUACAAUGUGUGACAUCUGAAGCUAAUCUUGUCACAGGAUGCUUUUCUACUGAUAGAAAAUGUGUGCAAAUUGUAUGAGUGCAAAUUGUGUGAGUGCAAAUUGAAUUUUAGCAUAUUUACACCUGUAUGUGAUAUACGAUAUGUGUAAUGAUCUAUUAAUUUUCAAAGAUAUGUGAUAUUUAACUAUUUUAAUAUUGAUCAGUUUUAUACUUAUACCAAUUUUUGUUAUCUAUUGUUAAUAUAUAUUUGUUAGAUGUUUUUCUUAUUAAGGAAGCUGGCAUUCUUCAUUUGAUUUUGUUACAUUAUGAUUGUCAACCAUUAUCUUGUACAUUUCUGAUUUCAUACUGUUUUAGGUAUUAUGAUAUACACAUAUUAACAUUGUAUUUUUAAAGUAUUGUUAAGUAUACAGAAUACCUAAUAACCUACAACUUGUAAGUUUCUGAAGUUUUUGUAUUUAUUAAAUAUGGUUAUAAGAA